CUCCGUGAUAGAUAAAGCGAAAAGAAGUAAAGUUGACAAGAGCGCGAGAGAGAAACGAUCGCCGUCAAAAUCCUGCGUAGUCUAACGUGCACCGUAUGUAAGAAUGUAGAAACUAUUCCUCCGUGGUAGAAAUAAACUCAGUUGCAAUAAUCGUUGUCACCAAAUAACGAAGUUUCAAAAAUCAGGUUCAAUAUCGCGGAAUGGGUCAGUGUCUAACAAUUUUACGACGCUGCCCCAGGCGUUGUCUCAGGCACCGAAGAUAUGUGUUUUGGAACGUCGAGUACCGUUGCUUGGUCGAGGGAAAACAGUUUUGAACCGUUAUCAGAAUGGACGUUAUACUAGAGGAGUUAUACGAUGCACUUGUUACUCUCCGUUAUCCUGAAACAGCAAAGAUUGAGAAGCAAGAUAUAGCAAGGGUUUUGCUCACAGGUCAGAAUCGAAUCAGUUUGUUGAUAUGGCUUUUGUCUCAAGCAUCCACAAAACUUUCCUCCCAUCUUGAGAAGUUUGAAGGAAAAGCCUUGACAGAAGAAGUAGUGAAAUGUUACUCCCAAAUAGGAUUAUGCAUUGACGAGAAUACACUGUUGGGGGUUGGUCCUCUCAAACGACAGUUACCAUUGUUGAAAAAGUUAUUGUUGUUUACGCAGAGUUUGGACAGUUCGGAAUCUGUACCCAUUGACGAUUUAUCUAUUUAUGAGGUGUUAGAUAAGCACCUAGUUGAGUCCAUCAAUAUCAUACCAACGUCAUGUAAGGUAAGCAUGGAGCCAACUGGAUCUGCAGCUAAAAAGUACCUAGAUGAACUUGAGCAAACUAUAGCAAAGCAAACCUCUGUGUCGUCAGACAGUGAUCUCCCUAGAAUUGAACCUCUACCGGUCGAAGCAUUGGUCCAAAACUGUGCAAACAAGGUUGAUCCGAGUCACAAGGCAGUAAUAGAAGAUGGACAAACACAAUCAUUAACCUCGGUGGCAGAGGCGUUUAGCGCAGCUUUUAAUUCAAAUGAUUUUUCCCAGAAUUCUAAGUUGUCUGAUUGCCCAGCUGAUGAAACAGUAAACAUCGACGAAACCAUUCAUAACUUGAAUAAUGAUUUGAGUUUUGUUGCCCAGGUAUUUAAAUCCAAGAAGGCAAUCGCAACGACGACCACUCCCAAAUGCUUGGAUAAAGGUGGAACACCAUUGAGUGUGCUUAUCGAGGAUAACGUUAUUAUUUCUCAAGAAAUAAAGGCUCUCUCUGAUCAGUACCAUAUUGAUAGCUGACUGGAUAACGUAUGAAUUAUAUACUUUUAAAUCUAAUUAAAUAAACCGUACAAAUCAGAAAAUAAGAUUGUCAUUCUGACUUCUUUGGUCGUGUCGAUGAGAAAUCUGUUGUACUCCUGUCACUAUUCUCGAAUUCAACUACUUCUCAGAAAAUGCAGAAUUUUUUAAAAAUAAUUUAUUAAAUUAAUAUCUUUUAUUAGUUAUCACACAUAACUACAGUUUGUCUACUUCUUCAGUACGCCCGCUGCGACAUUGAAUAAAGAGUUUAAUAUGUGAGCAUGCAUUAAAAAACAGCAGCUCUUUUUGUUAAUGAUGAAAAAUAUUUCACACCAAAUAGACAAACUGUAUAGCAUAAAAUAAAUUUACUUAUUCGAAAAUCACAUAUUGCCUUAUAUUAUACCUAUUACGUUUGUAUAAAAUCUAAAUUUAUAUUAUUACGAUAAUUAACUAUAAUUCACAC